GGGGAAGGAGCCUGAGCCUCCUCCAGGUCGGGUGACUCUGGUGUCCCUCGGCUGCCAUGGAUUGGAAAACGCUGCAGGCGCUGCUCAGCGGCGUCAACAAGUACUCCACAGCCUUCAGCCGCAUCUGGCUCUCCGUGGUCUUUGUGUUCCGCGUGCUGGUCUACGUGGUGGCAGCCGAGCGGGUCUGGGGUGACGAGCAGAAGGACUUUGACUGCAACACGCGGCAGCCGGGCUGCACCAAUGUGUGUUACGAUCACUUCUUCCCCAUCUCCCACAUCCGCCUCUGGGCCCUGCAGCUCAUCUUUGUCACUUGUCCUUCCCUCCUGGUCAUCAUGCACGUGGCCUACCGGGAGGACCGUGAGAGGAAGAACCGGGAGAAGAAUGGAGAGAAUUGCCCCAAGCUCUACAGCAACACGGGCAAGAAGCACGGUGGGCUGUGGUGGACCUACCUGUUCAGCCUCUUCUUCAAGCUGAUCAUAGAGAUCCUGUUCCUCUACCUCCUCCACAAGAUGUGGGACAGCUUUGAUUUGCCACGGCUGGUCAAGUGCGCCAAUGUGGAUCCCUGUCCCAACACCGUGGACUGCUACAUCGCUCGGCCAACCGAGAAAAGGGUCUUCACCUAUUUCAUGGUCGGAGCCUCCUCCAUCUGCAUCGUCCUCACCGUCUGUGAGAUCUUCUACCUCAUUUUCAAGCGAGCUGUCCAGAGGGCGAGGAAGUGGAGGAAAUCCACCAAGCGCUCCGUCAGCUACAGUAAGGGCUCCACCUGCCACUGCCACGUCAAGUCAGAGGAGAAGGAGAGCAAGUCCCAGCCUAGAGGAGAGGAGCUGUGAGUUCACCCGUCCAGCCGGUUCACAUUCCCCCCAACUUGGCUUUUGCAGCCUGCCAAAUCCCCAAACCAUCCAGAGUUGACCUGUGUGAAAAAUGACUAAACCCAACAAAGUAAUGACCCUGGAGAGAGACCCACGGGUGCCUGGGCAGACACAGGUAAGGAAGGACAGCCCUGGAGCUCUGCAGGCAGCGGUGCCACAAGCAUGGACAUCACAGCAGCACACAGAUCUCUGUGUCCAGCAGCUUCUCUUGGGUC